AAAUAUGGUGGCAGCAUGUGGUUGAAAUACUUGUGUUACAUUAUAAUUAUUUUGAUAAAGGUACAUAAAUAUCAAUAAUUAUAAUCAUAUUGUAUUAAUAAUUUUCAUUUUAUAGUUAAUUUUGGUCAUUGAAAAUGUUACAAAAUUUAAUUUACGGCGUAGAAAAAUCCCAAAUACUAUUAUUAGAGGAUUAUUUUUCACAUAGUUGUCUUGCACUUUUAAAAUGUACUUUAAAAUCAAGAUUACAAACAGGAAAACUUGUUCAUUUUUUCUGUUUCGAAAAUCCUCCAGAAACGUAUUUAGAUGAUAUUGGUGAAAACACUUCCAAUAUAAAGAUUCACAAUUGCUAUGCAGACCCUUUAUCUUGGGAUAAUUUACAGAAUGACAAUGAUUUAUAUGGUUAUGAGUUAUGCAAAUAUAUUGAUAAUUUAAAGAGUGAUGAGCCUACUAUAUUAAUAAUUGAUUCUCUAUCCUAUGUUUUGCUUCAUAAUUCAGCUUCAGAUAUUUAUAAAUCAUUAGAUAUGCUGAAAAGGAAUCAGAGUAUCCAAAUGGAGCAAAUUAUAUGUUUUCAUGUGAGUGUUCAUAGUGAAGAAGUAAUUGAUUUAUUUGAACAUUUAGCUACUUCGAUUGUAAGGCUUUCCGAGCGUUUGCCUUUUACGGCAUUGACGAUUCAUAAAAAAUCAACCAAGAUUAUUAAAGAAGUUGAAGAAUAUUACAUAAUUAAUAUCUGUGACAUUCAUUGUGUAAAGAUGACGAUUGAGUCGAAAGAAAUUGCCGAAGAAAUAGAUCCGACCGCUAAUUUAACUUUUAAUCUUCAAUUAAAAGAAAGUGAAAAAAAUGCACGAGAAAAUCUUGUUCUUCCUUACACAAAAGUUAAAGAAGGAAGUAGUAAUAUAUAUUUUGAACCAGAGGAUGAAGAUUUUGAAGAUCCUGAUGAUGACUUGGAUAUUUGAUUUGUGAAUAUAAUUGAAAAGUUUGCUGAUUAAGAAAAGACUAAAUAUUUGAAUUAAAAUUGAAAGGAAUAUCUUUUACAGAAUUUAUUGAAAAAUUGUUAUUCUGAUAAUACAGAAUAACUACAUAAACAUUUUGUUUUGAUAUUUAUGAUGUAUAUUAAUUUUUAUGAUCAAGAAUUAUGAUGAAUGAACUUAAAAACUGCAAUAU